AUGUAUCGUACACGACUUGUGAAAUCAAGGGAUUUCACAACAUUCUACAAUAGACUUUGGCCCUGUUUAAUUGAGAAAGCAGUGGCAAAGAUGUUGGGUGGAUACCAUAAACUAGACGGAGGAAACCCGAUAUCAGCGUUCAAAUAUCUCACAGGAGCAAGUUGCUUAGACAUCACCCUGAAUAAAGACACCGAUUUGGACAUGUUGUGGACAAAAUUGAAAGAAUAUCAAUCUUCUGGGUUCCUGAUGGCAGUUGGCUCUCAUAAAAAAUAUGAAGAUAUUUCAAAGAAAGGACUCGCAAACAAUCACGCAUACUCACUACUCGAUACUUGUAUUCAUGAUGGUCAUCGAUUGGUUUUGAUUGGAGCUCCAAACUACGCAAAAUGGAAGGGAAAGUGGUCGGACCUGCCUGCCUUCAAUGAAGAAACUACGAGAACUUGGAGAAAUUUUGAAAAAAAAUCAGUUGAACAGAGGAUUGCAUGGAUGGAAAUCAAUGAUUUGUGGCAGAGAUUCGAGAGACUUGUAGUCUGUAGAUAUCAUGAAGAUUGGUUCGAACUGAGAACCGAAGAAAUUCAAUUAGAUUCUACCAAACCUGAAAAAACUCUUCGUGUUACUUUGAAACGUCGAUGCACAUUACUGAUCAAGUUGAGUGAUCAAAACAGGCUCAAAAGAAAAUCCGACGCACCAUUGGUGGUCGGAUUGAUAAACAUCCAUCGAGUCACCAAAAAUAAUCAAAUUGGAAAUCUGAUUAUGUCAUAUACGGCUGACUUAGACUGGUUGUUUCAGGAUCCAGAAUAUGGAUUCGUCGAGACUGAUUCUUUUGAUUUGGAUCCGGGAAAAUACUUUAUUAUCUUCACUUUUAUAUCAAAAAAGCUCCCUUUUGAAUAUGAGUUUAUUAUAAAAAGCUCAUCUCCAAUCGAUCAUAUUUCGUAUGACUUUGUGACAUUCGAGAACAACUUAGCCUCUCAUAAAUCACUUUUGAAAAUGAUUGAAUCUGAAAAAUGUGGUAUAGAGAUACGAGAAGGAUUAGUCCUUCAUGAAUAUUCUCGUGAUAACUUUUUGGUCCUCAUGGCUGAAAACAGAACGACGAAACCAGUUUGUAUAAGUGUAAUUGCAAAAUGUGAUUUGAAACUUUGUUCGAUUCACGGAAUUGAUACUGACGAUUUAGUGAAAAUUGUCCAAAAACUCAACGCGCCAUCAGACCUAUCCGCUAUUUACCUCACCAUUCCUGCCAAAUCGAAAUGUGUUAUUGGAAGUGCAUGGACUUUUUCUGCUGGUACCAAACUGGAACAGCAACCAAAGAAACCUGAAAUCAAUUGUAAAUAUUGGAUUCGAGUUUUUGAAGAGGAAAUGAAAAAGAAAACCAAACGGAAGAUGAUAUUAAUGAAAUCAAAAGAACUGAAAAAAUUAUUCUUCAACGGAGAAUGGCAGAUCGUUGUUGUCGAUGGUCAUUUGGCAUGCAAUGAACAGGGCUCUCCAGAAUUUGCAUCUACAUACUACAAAAGACUGUGGCCCUGUUUAAUCGAAAAAGCGGUGGCGAAGAUGUUGGGUGGAUACCAUAAACUAGAUGGAGCAAACUUGACAUCAGCGUUCAAAUAUCUGACAGGUUCCAAGUGUCUAGAGAUCACGCUGAACAAGGACACGGACUUGGGCAUGUUAUGGGCAAAAUUGAAAGAAUAUCAGUCUAACGGAUUCCUGAUGGCACUUAGUUCUCACAAAGAACAAAAAGACAUUUCAAAGAAAGGACUAUCAAACAACCAUGCAUACUCGCUACUUGACGUUUGCAUCCACAAUGGACAUCGUCUAGUGUUGGUUGGAGCUCCGAAUGCUACAAAAUGGAAUGGAAAAUGGUUUGAUCUACCUGCGUAUAGUGAAGAAGUGUCAUCUAACUUUAAUAAACUGGAUAUGUAUGCCGUAGAGAAAAGAUUCUCUUGGAUGGAAAUUGAUGAUUUGUGCAAGCAGUUUGAAGUGUUAGUAGUGUGCAGAUAUCAUGAAGAUUGGUUUGAACUGAGAACCGGUCGAGUUCAAUUUAACGCUUCCAGUCCUGAGAAAAUUCUCCGUAUCAAUUUGAAGAAGCGAUGCAAACUUGUAGUGAGAAUCGUUCCCGAGUACAAACGUUGGCGGGACUUUACAGAACCUCUGGUUGGAAUAAUUAAUGUACAUCAUGCCACCAAAGACAAUCAAAUCGGAAACCUUAUAUUCUCAAGUGUUAUAAUUUCGCACUCCGUAGAUAGCCAUCCCGAAAACAAUAUCGCAGAAACCGACGAGUUUGAAAUGAACUCUGGAUCUGUCUUCAUCAUUUUUUCUUUUCUCUCUCAACGCAAUAUUUAUCAACACGAAUUUGUGAUACGAAGCCCAUCUCCUGUCGAUCACAUUUCAUAUGACUUCGUGUCAUUUGAGUAUAACCUUGCCUCCCAUAAAUCCCUUCUGAAUAUGAUACAAUCUGUAAAGCCUGCAAUUCAAAUUCGCCAAGGACUCUUCAUCCGUGAGUACUCAGAAGAAUGUUUUUUGAUUCUAAUGGUUGAAAAUAUAACAGAUAAACAAAUCGAUAUAAGUGUCAUUGCAAAAAGCGAAAAUGAUGAGGUGAUACCUGACGGCUUUCCGACGGAAGGAGAAUGGAAUCUGUUCAAACACCAUUUUGGCGGCUCGAACCCUCCCGCUGCAUACAUUGAAAUACCUGCUAAAUCGAAAUGUGUUAUCGGAAGUUUAUGGACUUUGAGUAAGCCAAUCAAGUUUGAGAAGCAACCUACGAAACGAGUGAUCAGUUGUACUUAUUGGAUUCGAAUCCGUGAGGAAGAAGCAAAGAAGCAAAGAGAGUAUAAUAAGAGGAGAAAUCGAGAGAAAAAGAAAAUGGAACCACUAUUCAUUAUAAGGGAAAAAGGGAAAUUCAAACCUGUUUCUAUCAAAUGA